UUAAGACCAAGAAGAAUUUCACAGAGGAAGACGGAGAAAGCAGUUCAAUAAUUGGGAGAAAAUGUCUACUCCCGCCAGAAGACGAUUAAUGAGGGAUUUCAAAAGGUUACAAGAAGAUCCUCCGGCGGGAAUUAGUGGCGCCCCAUCAGAAAAUAAUAUUAUGAUAUGGAAUGCUGUUAUUUUUGGACCACAAGAUACUCCUUUCGAGGAUGGUACAUUCAAACUUCAAAUAGAAUUUACAGAAGAAUAUCCCAACAAACCACCAACGGUUAGAUUUUUGUCCAGGAUGUUUCAUCCCAAUGUUUAUGCAGAUGGUGGUAUUUGUCUAGAUAUUUUACAGAACAGAUGGAGUCCUACAUAUGAUGUGUCAGCAAUACUCACAUCAAUACAGUCUUUACUAGACGAACCCAACCCAAACAGUCCUGCGAACAGUUUAGCUGCUCAACUUUAUCAGGAGAACAGACGUGAAUAUGAAAAAAAAGUAAAUGCAAUAGUUGAACAGAGUUGGCUUAAUUCUUGACAUCUGGAGAACAUGAUUUGUGACUUGUGUGUAGGAAUGAAAUCAAUAUUUCAUUGUUAGGAAGUCAAUAUAUCAAAAACGACAUACGGGAAAUAAUUUCCAUUGUAAAAUUGUAUAAUAUCACAAACAUUUUAUGAAUUGAAAUUAUUUUGAGCACAUGUGAAAAAUAGAUAGAAAACUUCUUUUCCAAGUAUUCCUUUGUCGUGAAUUGUAUUAAAAUGUUUGUUAGUUAGCAACAUUGACUCAACGAUUUCAUUUAAUUGGCAUUGGCAAAUGUUUAUGCACAAUUAUUAUUAAUAUGAUGGUUAUUAUUAAUUUUGAUAAAAAAUUCUAGCGCUUUUAAAAUUUUAUACCUAAGUGAUUGUGCGUAAAAUGUGUAGAGCAAUAAUAAGCUGACGAAGUCGUAUUUGAGACAACAAAACACAGGUUUUAACAUGUACAGUUGACCAACAGAAUAGUGGUCAUGGUUUUUUACUGUUAUAUAGAUGGGUUAUUAUUUAUUUAUUUUUAUCUGCGCGAAUUCCAAAGUAUAAAAAACUCGGAAGGGGAGGGAAAAAAUGAUAAAAAGGCAUUACUUUACAGUAUUAACUUAGCGCAAAAUCUCAAUAACGAUAUUAAUUGAAAACCAAAACGAGGCGGAAUCUUAUCUUUCUGGCUGUAUUUCCAAUUUUCACUUGCAGAUUAAUUGUUCGUUAGCGAAAUAUUUGCGCAUUUUCUUUUGAAUUUUAACAGCAUAAAUAACUAGUUCAACUUGACUUUUCUCAAUAAAAAAAUGGCAAAUAUUUAGCUACCCGAAGUAUUUCUCUGCAACCGCGGAAACCAUAAGCUUACUAUAUAUCAU